AUGGAAAACCGGUUAAGCGAAGACGACGAUGGCCGAUGGCACACGACCGAUCGACAGCAACGUCUUUCGUUCGCCGUUCGACCCAUCGCCGUCGUGCAGCAAGGCUAUAUUUUGCGUGGCAGCUUCAACAUACAGGUGGCAAGUGCAACGCCUGUGAAACCGAACGAGGAACGUUUGCCCGAAAGACCUUCGAGUGCCGACAGUUGGACUCCUCCAGUAAGCAGCAGCGCCGAGGGUCGAGCCGACCGCCACAUUCAGCUGCCGUGCAAAAGCUGUGAGGUCGAGUCGAAUCGAGUCAAGUCGUCGGAUCGAGCAAGGGUAUCAGAAACGUGUGUGGGCGUCGCAAAAACUACAGCCUAA